AUGUCGGCGCUCAAGUUUGUGAGAUCAGUCUGGGAAUCGUUCCGCGCCAACUCAGGCCUGGAGCCAAGGCUUCUGGACGGUCUUCGAGUGACCUCGGCUGUCCCGGGUCGCGUCAAGUUUGAGCUGGAUAUACAAAAGGAGCAUACGAACCGGCUCAAUAUCUUACAUGGCGGAACAAUCGCCAGCAUGGUCGACCUCGGUGGUUCCCUAGCCGUAGCAUCCCGCGGCCUCUUUGCCACAGGAGUCUCCACAGACCUCAAUGUCACCUAUCUCUCCUCUGGUGGCAAGAUUGGAGACUUGGUCAAGGCCGAAGUAUCAUGUGACAAAUUCGGUAAAACCUUGGCCUAUACUUCAAUCAGUUUCAGCAACAGCAAAGGCGAGAUCUUUGCCCGGGGAAGCCAUACCAAGUAUGUCGCCUUGGCUUGGAAGGAUCCAAACAACAUUGUUGAAGAGCUGUCACCUAAGCCAGAUGAGAAGAAGGAGUAG